ACGUCGCCGCCCGGGCCUAGGCCGCCUCCAUCGCCGCCGGCCCGGCCUCCGGCUGCAGCGGGUGACGCAGAAGGAACAUCAUGUCGUCCGCGGCCGAGCCUCCGCCACCCCCGCCUCCCGAGAGCGCGCCCGCCAAGCCCGCAGCCUCGGCCGCCAGCGGCGGGACCACCGGCGGCAACAAAGGCGGCCCCGAGGGCGCCGCGGCCCAGGCGGCCGCCGCCGCCGCGGGCCCCGCGGACGCCGACAUGGAGGAAGUAUUUGAUGACGCCUCACCUGGAAAGCAGAAAGAAAUCCAAGAACCAGAUCCUACCUAUGAAGAGAAAAUGCAAACCGACCGAGCAAAUAGAUUUGAGUAUUUAUUAAAGCAGACAGAGUUGUUUGCACAUUUCAUUCAGCCUGCUGCUCAGAAGACUCCAACCUCACCUUUAAAGAUGAAACCAGGGCGCCCACGAAUAAAGAAGGAUGAGAAACAGAACUUGCUCUCAGUUGGCGACUAUCGACACCGUAGGACGGAGCAAGAGGAGGAUGAAGAAUUACUAACAGAAAGCUCCAAAGCAACCAAUGUGUGCACUCGAUUUGAAGAUUCUCCCUCAUAUGUCAAAUGGGGUAAACUAAGAGAUUAUCAGGUCCGAGGAUUGAAUUGGCUUAUUUCUUUGUAUGAGAACGGCAUCAAUGGUAUCCUUGCAGAUGAAAUGGGUCUGGGGAAGACUCUUCAAACCAUUUCUCUGCUUGGCUACAUGAAACACUAUAGAAACAUUCCUGGUCCUCAUAUGGUUUUGGUUCCUAAGUCUACAUUACACAACUGGAUGAGUGAAUUCAAGAGAUGGGUACCAACACUUAGGUCUGUUUGUUUGAUAGGAGAUAAAGAACAAAGAGCUGCUUUUGUCCGGGAUGUUUUAUUACCAGGAGAAUGGGAUGUGUGUGUGACAUCUUACGAGAUGCUUAUUAAGGAGAAGUCUGUGUUCAAAAAAUUUAACUGGAGAUACUUGGUUAUAGAUGAAGCUCAUAGGAUCAAAAAUGAAAAAUCUAAGCUGUCAGAAAUAGUGCGGGAAUUUAAGACCACAAAUCGGCUGUUACUCACUGGAACACCUCUGCAGAAUAACUUACAUGAGCUGUGGUCACUUCUGAAUUUUUUGUUACCAGAUGUGUUUAAUUCAGCUGAUGACUUUGAUUCCUGGUUUGAUACCAACAACUGCCUUGGGGAUCAGAAGCUAGUUGAGAGGCUUCAUAUGGUUUUGCGUCCAUUUCUUCUUCGUCGAAUUAAGGCUGAUGUGGAAAAGAGUUUACCUCCAAAGAAGGAAGUCAAAAUCUACGUAGGUCUCAGCAAAAUGCAAAGGGAAUGGUAUACUCGGAUAUUAAUGAAGGAUAUAGACAUACUAAACUCAGCAGGAAAGAUGGAUAAAAUGAGGUUAUUGAAUAUCUUAAUGCAGUUGAGGAAGUGCUGUAAUCACCCAUACCUCUUCGAUGGAGCUGAACCUGGUCCACCUUACACAACAGAUAUGCAUCUGGUUACCAACAGUGGCAAAAUGGUGGUACUAGACAAGUUGCUCCCCAAAUUAAAAGAACAAGGUUCGCGAGUAUUAAUCUUCAGUCAAAUGACAAGAGUACUAGACAUUUUGGAAGAUUAUUGCAUGUGGAGAAAUUAUGAGUACUGUAGGUUGGAUGGACAGACACCCCAUGAUGAAAGACAGGAUUCCAUCAUCGCGUACAAUGAACCAAACAGUACCAAGUUUGUUUUCAUGUUAAGCACGCGUGCUGGUGGCCUUGGCAUCAAUCUUGCUACUGCUGAUGUGGUCAUUUUAUAUGAUUCAGAUUGGAAUCCCCAAGUGGAUCUCCAGGCGAUGGACCGAGCUCACAGAAUUGGACAGACGAAGACAGUCAGAGUGUUCCGCUUUAUAACAGAUAACACAGUGGAAGAAAGAAUCGUGGAACGUGCCGAGAUGAAACUCAGACUGGACUCAAUAGUUAUUCAGCAAGGGAGGCUUGUAGAUCAGAAUCUGAACAAAAUCGGGAAAGAUGAAAUGCUUCAAAUGAUACGACAUGGAGCCACUCAUGUAUUUGCCUCAAAAGAGAGUGAAAUCACUGACGAGGACAUCGAUGGCAUUCUGGAAAGAGGUGCAAAGAAGACUGCAGAAAUGAAUGAAAAGCUCUCCAAGAUGGGUGAAAGCUCCCUUAGGAACUUCACAAUGGACACUGAGUCAAGUGUUUAUAACUUUGAGGGGGAAGACUACAGAGAAAAACAAAAGAUUGCAUUCACAGAGUGGAUUGAACCUCCUAAACGAGAGAGGAAGGCUAACUACGCUGUCGAUGCCUAUUUCAGGGAAGCGCUUCGAGUCAGUGAACCGAAAGCACCCAAGGCUCCUAGACCUCCAAAACAACCCAAUGUUCAGGAUUUCCAGUUCUUUCCCCCCCGUUUAUUUGAAUUAUUGGAAAAAGAAAUUCUGUAUUACAGAAAAACUAUUGGGUACAAGGUACCUCGAAGUCCUGACCUACCUAAUGCAGCCCAGGCCCAGAAGGAAGAACAGCUCAAAAUCGAUGAAGCAGAACCACUUAAUGAUGAAGAAUUAGAAGAAAAAGAGAAGCUUUUGACACAGGGAUUUACUAAUUGGAAUAAGAGAGAUUUUAACCAGUUUAUCAAAGCCAAUGAGAAGUGGGGCCGUGAUGAUAUUGAAAACAUAGCCAGAGAAGUGGAAGGGAAAACUCCAGAAGAAGUCAUUGAAUACUCAGCUGUGUUCUGGGAAAGAUGCAAUGAGCUCCAGGACAUAGAGAAGAUUAUGGCUCAGAUAGAGAGGGGAGAGGCAAGAAUCCAAAGAAGAAUAAGUAUCAAAAAAGCACUUGAUACAAAGAUUGGCCGGUACAAAGCACCUUUUCAUCAGCUGAGAAUAUCGUAUGGCACUAACAAAGGAAAAAACUACACUGAAGAAGAGGAUCGAUUUCUCAUCUGCAUGCUUCACAAACUCGGAUUUGACAAGGAAAAUGUUUAUGAUGAAUUGCGACAGUGUAUUCGAAACUCCCCUCAGUUCAGAUUUGAUUGGUUUCUUAAGUCCAGAACUGCAAUGGAACUGCAGAGGAGGUGUAAUACCCUUAUUACCUUGAUUGAAAGAGAAAACAUGGAACUAGAAGAGAAAGAGAAGGCAGAGAAAAAGAAACGCGGACCAAAGCCUACAACACAGAAACGUAAGAUGGAUGGAGCACCUGAUGGUCGAGGGAGGAAAAAGAAGCUGAAACUAUGAAUGCGUAUUUGUUUCAUAAUCACUAACUUUAAACUAGUAGUUCUUUAAUUUACGGGUCUUCAUAAGAUGUACUGUACAAUGCUGAAUUGUUAUGUCAUUCAAAGACAUCAGGUUCAUCUGUUUACUGAGCUAGAAACGUAGUAUGUAGUUUCACUUUUUUAAAUGCAACAGCUGUGCUGAAAAUUUUUUUAUCAUUAACUUGAAGUAAUAAAAUAGGCUUCAUUUAUUAAUAAAUGUUUCAUUUGAUUUAUUUUUCUAUUACAGUUCCAUUUGUGAAGUUUGUGGCUUUUUGUUAUCAGCUAUGAUUUCUACACUUGUGUGGCUUAAAAACAAGCAAACAAGUAAUGACAUUGCAGAUAGCGCUUGUCCCUUUGCUCCUCCUCACUUAGUGGUGGAAUUGCUUUAACUCCCUUUGCCUUUGCAGAAAUGUUGGUAUUUUCUUUGUAAUGUUGUUGAGUCUCAUCAAAAGAUCAUGUAAACUCCAUUCUCCUUGCUUCUUGUAGAACAGGGGGAAAGACAAGCAAAUGAUCAUUUCUGUGCAUAUAUCUGUUGCGCUUUCUUUCUUUUCUGUAGUUGGCUCUGGAGUAAAGACGCCCUCCUCUGUUGGACGGAUGGCCUUUUAGUUGUAUAGCCAAAGACAUUUAGUAUUACACCAUUUUGUAAAAGGAAUAUUUUUUUUUAAGUAUUUGGUAAAUAUUUUGACAAAUGACCUUCCCACACAGCCACAACUUAGAAAGAUAAUGUCAGAACUAAGGUGAUUUUUUUUUUUUUUUUAAAUUUUGAAAGAAUCAGCCAAACUAAGGUAUGACCUUACCAUACUGUUAAAAUUGGUAACAGAAUGUAUCCCCUCCUAGUUGAUAGUAUUUUUGAGUUUUUAGGGUAAAUGCAAAUUUUAUUUUAUUAUAUUUUAACAUAAUUUCUAAGUGUUAGCAGGAUUGAGUAUAGUUCUAGUUUUUAUUUCUAUGGAACAGACUUGAUGAACUGGAGACCCUGAAGCAGGAAUACCCAAAUUGUAGUGUCAGGAUUUUAGCUGUACCAGAGGCCUUUAUGUGCUACACAUAAUUUGUAUAAAGUUUUAUAUGUGCAAAUUGGGUACAUAAACAGUUCUCCAUUUUUCUAAGGGAAUGCAAUAAAUGUAGCAUCGUGAAUAAAUAUAACUUUUAUAAUCCUUAA